GAUUUCACACUAUGUACUAGAGGGGCUGCCACAGUAACAGCACAGAAUGACGUGGUCAGCAGAAUCCAGACUGAGGCCACAGGUACGCCUGGACGCCAAAUGGCUAAAGACUGACCUUCAGUUGGCAUUUACACGAGAGGGGCUGAGUUCCUUGUGGAAUGAGCUGGUCAAGGAUGUGGAGAUUGCAGCCAACACCAACGAUGGACUUGUAAAUAGUGCGGGGGUUCUUGCCAAGAAAGGUGAGACAGGGAAGUACUACUGUGGGAUGAAGGUGCUGACCUGUAGCUGUUGUGAUGGCCAGUGUGGACCUGACAAGGGCUGUAACUGUCCAUCAUGUCAGCUGCUGGACCAGGAGGACCAGGAACGAAAAGAGGAGGAGACUGUCAGGCCCCACCCAUCUGCCCCACUGAUUGACUCCUGGACAUGGGGACAACAGCCAGAACUAAGCCAGCUUAAGGAGUGCUUAAGGUCCCUUAUCUACGAACAACAACAACUCUCCCUGGAAACGGCCAGCUCAACCCUCUCAUCAACACGCUUACAACAACGACUCGCCGUUCUCCAGAGAUAUUUCGUGGCGUUGUCAAGGCAACCCAGCGCAGAAGGCAAAACUCCGACCAGGAAGAAACAAUCAAAUCAAGCUAACCUCAACAAACAGAAAAGUAAAUCUAAGCCUGCAGAGCGAGCCACUACAGGACUGGCCCGUGUGGGGUCACGAGCUGCCCUCAGUUUUGCCUUUGCCUUUCUGCGCCGUGCGUGGCGCUCUGGAGAAGAUGCCGACCUGUGCUCGGAGCUAUUACAGGAGUCGUUGGACGCGCUGCGCUCUCUUCCCGAGGCCACGCUGUUUGAUGAGGGGUCUGUGUCAAAUGUUUGGCUGGAGGUUGUGGAAAGGGCCUCCAAAUUCCUCCGCUCAGUUGUCGCAGGGGACCUGAAUGGAGGAGGGGCGAGCGCUAAGGGCAGUAGUAAGGUGCCUGUUCAGGACCAGCAGACUGCCUUGGCCUUGCUCCUGGAGCUGGCUGUACAGAGAGGCUCCCUCAGUCACAUCCUCAAUGUGGUUCUGCUACUCCUGAACCUGUGGAAUAACAGUCGUCAUGAGUUUGACAACCGCAUCAGUUCUAACCUGCUCUGUGCACCACUAGUCCCCUUUAUUAGACACUUCUGUGAAAUCCAGAGCCCUAAGGGCAAGCUAUCGGAGAUGUCUCGCUGGGAUGAGUCUGGUAACUACAUUGUCAGCCCCACAGAGUGUUUUCUCCGCUACCUGACCAUUCCAGAUGAUGAUGACAUGACAGUGGAUCUACGCCAGUGUGCUGUUGUUGUCAUGUCACACCUAGAUAGGUUAAGUGCGCCCUAUCUUCCUCCUACAGAUACUCAAAAGCGUGCCAGCUCUUCUCAGGAGGUGUUGGGCUGGGGUUGGCUGGCCUGGCUGGGCAGUACUAACAACAACUCCCCACAAACUGUGGAGAGCCUGGGGGACCUAGGCAGCAUACAACAGGUGGUCUGCUCAGAGAGGUGUCUUUUGGCCCUGACUAGAGCAGGCAAGCUCUACAACAUGUUCUAUGGGGCAGAGUGCCAGUGCCCCCAGCUAGUGGAUGGGUUUGGGGAAAAAGAAGUGAUGAAGAUCGCGGCUCACCCUGACGGCAAGCAUUACAUGGCACUCACCACAGAGGGGGACGUCUUCACCUGGGGGAAUGGAGAUGGAGGGCGUCUCGGGCAUGGAGACAACAUUUCGAGGGAAGCUCCCACACUAGUCACAGCCUUACAGGGUAAACAAGUAGUGCAGAUUUCAUGUGGAAGUACUUACAGUGCUGCCGUGACAUCUGCGGGAGAGUUAUUCACAUGGGGACGGGGUAACUACGGGCGUCUGGGUCAUGGGACCGGGGAGGAUCAGGCCACGCCCACCCUGGUCUCUGCCCUCAAGGGUCACAAGGUCGUGGAUGUGGCCUGUGGAUUUGGGGAUGCUCAGACCCUGGCAGUCACUGAUACAGGUGCUGUGUACUCCUGGGGGGAUGGGGACUACGGCAAACUAGGCCGAGGUGGCAGCGACGGCUGUAAGAGCCCUAAAGUUGUGGAGAAACUGGUUGGACAGGACGUACAUAGGGUGUUCUGUGGGGCACAUUUUAGUCUGGCUCUGACCAAGUCAGGUGCAGUAUUCUCAUGGGGGAAGGGGGAUAAUUUCAGACUAGGCCAUGGUACAGAGGAACAUAUACGACAUCCCAAACAGAUAGAGGGGUUGUCUGGGAAGAAGAUAGUCGACAUAGCCGUGGGAUCAAUGCACACCUUAGCGGUCACUGACGAGGGCGAGGUGUUCAGCUGGGGCCGGAAUGACCAGGGUCAGUUAGCAGAUGGGGCCGUGGCCAGUAAGGCUGACCCCACUCUCAUGACCUGUUUGGAAGGAAAGCACAUCAUCGGUGUAGCUUGUGGCCCUGCACAGAGUUUUGCCUGGUCAUCCAGUGGACAGUGGAGUGUAGGACUAAGGAUCCCGUUUGUAGUUGAUGUGUCCAAGUCAACGUUUGAGCAGCUGGACGAACUUCUAGCUGAGGUGUGUGAGGGGAUGGAUGGGAGAAAUGACUGGCCCCCACCCCAGGAGAAAGAGUGCAUGGCUGUGGCUGGGUUGAACCUCCUCAACUUACAGCUGUAUGCUGCGGUUUCACAAAAUGAAAGUACAGACUCUCUUGGCCUUGGUACUGGGAGCCCUCUGGUGGCUAGCCUUAAGCACAGAGUUGUCUCCCUUGCAAGUAACACUGGUGUGAUCAACACAGUACAGCGGGCUGCACAGGCAGCUCUACAGAGUGGCUGGUCCAUCCUGCUGCCCACAGCAGAGGAAAGGGCCCGGGCACUCUCUUCACUUCUCACCUCAGGGGCAGUUUCUCGUGAGGCUGGUGUAAUGAGCCCAGGUCAGAGAUUCAUGACAGAUCUACUGGUAAGUAGUCUGAUGGCUGACGGAGGGUUGGAGACGGCUCUACAGGCUGCCAUACAGAAGGAGGUGCGUGAACUUGAGGAUAGAAAGGAGAAAGAGCGCAAAACCAGCGAAGAAGGUGAUGAAGAUGAUAGUAAAUCAGAAGGGGCGACCAUUUCCUCCAAGAAAGAGCAGACUGCUCUGAAUCGUAGCCGAGCCAAUUCCGACGAUUCUGGCACCACCAUUCCAUUACUGCAGCUGAUACAGCAGCUACUUAGAAAUGCCUCAACAUUCACAUUAUCGAAGCUGCAUGAGAUGUCCCGUGAUCCGCUGCUGAAGAAUGAAGAGUUGGACUUCACAGACACGUCAGCUUCCCUGGACCUCCUGUUACAGUUUCAGAGAUUACUUGUGGCCAGGCUUUUCCCUGGGGGUCACACAGCCCACAGUCACUCAGAGAUAGACUGUGAGUUACAGGGGACCGGGUCCCUCCUGAGGAAGUACCUAACACAGCUGGUCAGCCACGUCCAUGAUGUCCUGCCUGUGGCAGCUAGCCUGGCGGGCUUCAGCAGUAAACACUUUUCACUUGUCUCCAAGAUCGUCAUGAAAGAUGUCACAGGUGCAUUGUUACCUGAGAUGGUGACCUGUAUGGUAUUACUCCAGCUGCAUACCCCAGCUGUGUUACAGAGCUGUAAGGUUAUCAGUGUUUUGGAGGGUCUGCUGGACAUCCUGGACAAGUUUAAUCGCCUGGCUCCAGGACUGGACAGAGAAGACAAGGAAGAUCUGGCCUGGCCAGGGGUUUGGAGUCAUUCCUGGGAAGGUUUUUCCCAAAGGUCAAAUGAGGAUGUUCAGAUGAUUCGUAAGGCAGACUUAGAAAACCAUAACAAAGAUGGAGGAUUGUGGGUAGUUAUCCACGGGAAGGUGUACGACGUACAGGACUUUAAGUCACAGGCACCGUGUGGACGAGAGCUACUCAUGGAAUAUGCAGGUCGAGAUGCGACAACAGCAUUUGAGGCAGGACAUCACACCGAAGAGGCAAGAGAGAUGCUGCAGGCAUUCUUUGUGGGCAACUAUGUUGAUCCUGAGCGUGACAUCAUCCAGACAACAGAUACCAGUACAGUCUCCUCCCCACUGAUGGAUACAGAGCGCACCCUGGCCAUGUUACUGGGACUGUUUGCGGCACACCUUACUCGCAGCCUCCAGUUGUCUAAAGAGGAGGAAGAGUACCAGUAUUGGCUGGACUCCGAGUUUUUUGCUGGAGGUCUGCAGGUGCUACAGCCCCAAAACCCAUUUGAGGAGGAGAAGGGAGAAACGCGCACCUCCAGCUCUUGUACAACAACACCAGGCACUUCCCCAACAUCCGACCAUGACAAGCCCCUUGGGGUUGAUGAGAAAGAGCGUCUGUUUGACCGUCAAGCCUCUCAAGCAGAUGUGGCCCGGCCCUUCCUGCUGGGUCUGGCUGAGGGUAAACUGCAGUGCCCAAAGGUGAAGGUGUUCAUGGGGUAUGUGGAGAAACACAGCCGGCAUCACCAUCUGGCUGUCCCCAUGGAGUUCCCGCCAGACCACCCGGUUGAGGAGGUCGGCAGGUUGUUGUUUGCUGUCCUUCUGAAGCACCUUGACCUGGGUCAUGUGGCCCUCAGCCUGGUGGAACAUGGUCAGGGGGAACCCUUCAAACAGGUCAUCCCCAAGUCUAUCACAGAGAUCUGUAAGGUUGUGCUGCAGACCAAAAGGUCACUUAUUAAGGCACAUCAAGAUUUGUCCAGAUCUUACAAGGAAGUCUGUGCUCCUGUGAUAGAAAGAUGUCACUUCCUGUUUAAUGAACUCCGACCUGCAGUGGGGAAUGAGGUCAGUGCAAUGUCAAGGUCAAGGUGUCUGAAAAGCCUGCCAAGAUGGAAACAAGUCAUUGUGAAAAUGAUGGAGGACAAAAAGAAAUCCAAAUAUUUAUCCAAAGAAAAUGGUAUAGCUGAGGAAACGGAAGAGGAAGCUGCUGAACUGGAAGAGGCGGGCUCUGGUGAUGAAGAGGAGGAGUCAGAUAAUGAGGAGGAAUCUGGCAGUGAGGAGGAGCAGGAGUCUGGAGAUGAGGGGACAGAGUCAGAGGAGAAUGAAGAGUCAGAGGUAGCCCAGGGAGAAGAGAGUACAGGUGAUAAAAAAGACGACAGCCAGUCAGGGGAGGCAGCUGAAGAAGAAGUGAAGGUAUUUGCCAAGCAGCCUCAUGCGGCCAAGUCUGUCUGUUUGGAGGAAAAGAAGGUUGACAGUAAACUGAAGAAGAUGGAUUCCUGGAGUCAUGUGGUCAGUGCAGUGACAAGCACCCCAAAGUUCCGCUGGUUACGACAGCGUUUGACUGGUGCGACGACAGAUAUGCCGCUUGUCAACAAGAUCAUAGAGUUUGUUAUGUUUGAGCACCCCAUUGAUGUAGAGAAGCUGAGGAAGUCCCUGAGAAACCAGGUGGACCGUGCAGAGGUGAGGCUGACAGGUAUACAGACCAUGUUGUCCCUGGUCCACAAGGACUACUUGAUCCCCUCUAUCAGAUACUCUAUACUCUGUGGCUGGCAGGGCCUGCUUACCGUCGGCAAGAAGGUCUGCUCCCCUGUACCACACUGCCUGGCUGACAUCGGCCUUAUUCCACCUUGUGACCGCCUACUGCUGGAAAUGACCUUUGCGGAGCUGUACAAAUGGUCUAUCCGGGAGCUAAGAAACUGUGUCCUUCAGGCAGACAUGGCCUUCAAAUCCAGGGGCAUUAACCCAGCACAGCUGCCACAGGACAAUAACAGAAAGCUGUCUCUGGGAGCCUUGCCUACAUCACGAUUCCUCCUGGCAACGGCUGGUCUCCUGGUCACAGAACACCACGCUCACAGUGUCAGUCUGCUGCUCAACUCAGGGGUCCUGGCCCUCACACAGAGUAUACUCAGAUUAGCAGGUCCUGACCCAGACAGCAUUCCUCAGGACAUCUCCACAUCAGUGUGUGCUGUACUAGAGGAACAGAAGCACAAGAAGUCCACCCAGCCUGCACCUAUCUCUGGCCCAGAGCUGGGCUCCAUGAUGAAGGUGGGAACACGUGUGGUACGGGGUGUGGAUUGGAAGUGGGGCGAUCAGGACGGCCCAUCUCCAAGCAUGGGGUCGUGUGAUAGGAGAGCUGGAGAGGAUGGUUGGAUCCGUGUCCAGUGGGACACGGGCAGCACAAACAGCUACCGUAUGGGGAAGGAGGGAAAGUAUGACCUGAAGUUAGCUGAGCCUAUGGAGCUGCCUGAUAAUGAGGAGGAAGAAGACGAAGACUCAGAAUUAUCUGACAUUCAUCGACCGGACAUUAAACACCCGACUGCAUCAAUCCGGCGUACCACACUGACACUGCUGCGAGCUCUGGCGCUGUGUACUGGGAUUGAGGCUGAGGAUGCCCAGAAAGAGGCUGUGGGAGCACUGUGUGGUCUCAUCAGGAAUAUCAUAGACUGUGGAUGUAACCAAGGCCUCAAUUCCAACUCAGUAGCAGUUCAGAUCGCCCGGGAGCAGUUUUACUCCUGGUGCACCCUGGGAUUUGUACGCAGUAUUGCCACGAGCCCUCAAAUCUGCCAUGCCCUCAGCACUCGCCGCUGGAUUGACCUGUUACUGAAGAUACUCAGUGAAGACGAAGGGCCAAAUGCAUUGAGGAAUAUACCCAGACAGAUACUGACACUACGGUUGUUGCGGUCCGUCCUGCCAUCCUGGGAUAACACAGAGGAGACUAACCGCAUGUCUGACAUCGUGGACAAGCUGUUCAGUCUGCUGGGUACAGCCCUGAUGUCCUGUGGGUCUGACCCCACCCUCUUACCUCAAGACUCUCCAAAAAAGACUCUGAAGCCGAACAGAGCCCCGGUCUCCCUGACUGCCUCUUACUCAAGCACCAUAGCUGAGGAGGUAGUCACACUUCUGAGGAAGCUUCAUUCCCUUGACACAUGGAACCCCCAUGUCAACCUUUACCUGAGUAAACACCUGGCAGCUAUAGCAGAGAUGGUGACAGACAAACCACGUCUGGUUCUCCAGGUGGAGGAGUGUCUCACAGAUAACCUGAGUGCCCAGGCAUCUGUGAUGGCUGUGCUGGCCCUGGUGGGAGGAGUGGACUGUCGACCUCGUCUGGGAGGACUGGUAAACCACGAGGAGAUGGGCACAGGCACUAUAGCCAGGAUCAGACCCAACGGCAAGAUACAUGUCCAGUUUGAAGUCAACAAAGUGUGCCGCCUCACAGAACUUGUUCCUGUUUCGUCCCUGGAGUUCUGUGUAGAGAAGCUACCCCUAACUGACAGUAUCCUCUCCACUUGGGCCAACCUGGUCAGCAUUGCUGGCACAGGCUUCAAGAUGGACAAGGACCGGCCUGUACUCUGCUGUGAUUCCAGUAAUGUGAACCUAAUCUUGUUAAGGAGACAACAGAUAAAGCUGGGGCUUCUCAAGGCUGCCCGUGUCUUGUUUGGGCGCCAAGAUAACCUGCGUCAGAUUCUGUGUCAGCCUGCGCUGACAGAGCACGUGCUGCCUGAACAGUCUGCGCCGGCUGCCACAGGAUCCGAGGAUGACCUGAGCCCGGAUACGGACCACCCAGUGUCGCUGUACCAGCAACUCAUGGUGGCUGCUACCCACCCCUCACCAUUGAAGGCCAUUUUUAUCAGGGAAGAACUAGAGGCGGCUGCACUUUCGGUUACCCAGUAUUUGACAGCAGAAUUGGGCAAACCCCAGAUCCCAUCAGAAGACUCAACAGCCAGCAGCGAGCACAGAAUUCCUCCAUACAAACCGCCAGCAUUAGGAACAGCUGUUGCCAGGCUACAGAAGCAGAAGAAACCCAACAACAAGAUAAGCCAGGGCCCACCAGCUCCUGUCAUAGUACAGGUCAUGGAGAUGGGGUUCCCUCGCAAACAUGUGGAGUAUGCUGCCAAGUCAUUAGGUGGCUCGAGUGUGACUGGGGAUUCCCCUAGCCUGGAGGCACUGGUCAAUUGGCUGCUGGAGCACAAUGAUGAACUACAGCUUCAGGACAUGACGGACUCGGACAGCGAAUCUUCUCUAGAUGCCUUCUCUGACACAGAUUCCAUGUCUGAUGAAUUUGAGGAGAUGGACGGCGCCUUCAGUGAUGUAAGGGAAGAUUCACAAGCUGUUGGUGCGGAGUCCAUGCCCACCCACAGCCAGCCUUUCAUGAAGAGGAUGGACUUUGGGAACAGUGAGGAUUAUGCCAUGUAUGUGCGUGACAACAUUCAGGUGGGCAUGAUCGUCAAGUGCUGCCGCACCUAUGAGGAAGUGCAUGAAGGGGAUGUUGGCAGAGUUAUCAAGCUGGACCAGGAUGGUUUACAUGACCUGAAUAUCCAGGCAGACUGGCAGAGGAAAGGAGGAACAUACUGGGUCCGCUAUAUCCACGUCCAGUUGAUGGGCUUCCACAACAUCAAUAGCUGUGGCCAGACGAUUAACGUUGGUGAUCGUGUGAGGGUGAAGCAGACUGUGACCACGCCCAUGUACAAGUGGGGAUCUGUCACUCACAAGAGUGAAGGCAUUGUCACAGCCAUCAACCCUAAUGGAAGGGACAUCACUGUGGACUUCCCAAAGCAGGCUCACUGGACAGGUGUCGUAAAUGAGAUGGAGUUGGUGCCCAGUACCCACAAGGGUGUCGGGUGUGAUGGGUGUUCUGCCAACCCGAUCAUGGGAACACGCUACAAGUGCCAGACCUGUGAGGACUUUGAUUACUGUGAGACCUGCUUUAAGACAAAGAGAGCUCACCGCCACCCCUUCAACCGUAUAGCUGAUCCGGGGUGUGAACCAGUCAAUGCUGGCAAACCUGGCAAGACCAGAAAGCGAUCUAACACAGCAACAAACGGCGCCUUCAUAGACAAUUGGCACGGCUGUGUGAAGCAGGUGACUGUGUCCUCCAGGGAGAGCAAUGCCCAUAGGCUGAUUGAAGGCAACAGUGGUUUCUGGCAGAGCUCAGGUUCUCAGGGCAAGCACUGGGUGCGCCUGGAGCUUCAGCCAGAUGUAGUGAUUAACCGAUUGUACAUGAGGGUGGAGCCAUCGGACUCCAGCUACAUGCCCUCUCUGGUGGUGGUGAGCGGCGGAGACUCCAUCCACAACGUGAAGGAGCUUAGGACAGUCAAUAUCAGUGCCAUGGACACUCUGGUCACUCUCCUACAGGACAUGACUGAGUACUACCGCUUUGUGGAGAUCGCCGUGAAGCAGUGUCGCAGCAGCGGAAUAGACUGUAAGAUCCAUGGCCUGUCUGUGAUUGGUCGGCUGAAGUCUGAUGAGGACGAUGUCGCGGCAAACUUUACGUUCCUGGCAUCUGACAAUGAGGAAGACGAGGAAAGAGCCGGUACCCAGAGCUCUAACAAGAGGAUGAAGCUGAGCGGCCUUAAGGAUAUACAAACACAUGUGUUUGUGUGGGGGCUGAAUGACAAGGACCAGUUAGGGGCGCCCAAAGGCUCUAAGAUCAAAAUGCCUGUCUUGAACGAGACACUGUCGUCAGUGAAAUGUGUACAGAUUGCUGGAGGCUCCAAAAGUUUGUUUUGUGUAACCCAGGAAGGGAAAGUGUAUGCAUGUGGAGAGGCCACCAGUGGUCGGCUGGGGUUAGGUGUGGUCAGUGGGAACAUAUCCGUGCCCAGACAGAUUACCUCCCUUAGUCAGUAUGUCAUCAAAAAAGUAGCUGUUCAUUCAGGAGGUCGCCAUGCCCUGGCCCUGACUGUGGACGGUAAAGUGUUCUCCUGGGGUGAGGGAGAUGAUGGCAAGCUGGGACACUGCAGCAGGAUGGGUGCAGACAAACCCCGAUUAAUAGAAGCCCUGAAGUCUAAGCGAGUUCGUGACAUUGCAUGUGGGAGCUCCCAUAGUUCUGCCAUUGUGUCUAACGGAGACCUGUAUACGUGGGGUAUGGGAGAGUAUGGGAGGUUAGGUCAUGGAGAUAACACAACACAGCUUAAACCUAAACAGGUAAAGGCCCUGGCAGGACAGCGUGUCAUCCAGAUCGCCUGUGGGAGUCGAGACGCCCAGACCCUGGCCCUUACUGAUGAAGGGAAUGUGUUCUCGUGGGGUGAUGGUGACUUUGGGAAGCUGGGGCGUGGAGGAAGUGAGGGCUGUAACAUGCCUCAUCAGAUUGACAGACUGACAGGCAUGGGAGUAUGUCAGAUAGAGUGUGGGGCUCAGUUCUCUCUGGCUCUGACUAAGGCGGGACAAGUCUGGACUUGGGGUAAGGGAGACUACUUCCGCCUUGGUCAUGGUACUGAUGCCCAUGUUCGUAAACCUCAGCUUGUGGAAGGGCUAAAGGGGAAGAAGAUAAUCCACGUGGGUGGGGCACUUCAUUGUCUGGCCGUCACUGACACAGGACAGGUGUAUGCUUGGGGUGACAAUGAUCAUGGGCAACAAGGGAAUGGCACAACAACUGUUAACAGGAAGCCAGCACUUGUCCAUGGACUGGAGGGUUACAAGAUAACCAGAGUGGCAUGUGGGUCAUCCCACAGCAUCGCCUGGGCAACACUGACCUGUCCACCCCCCACCACACAUGAACCGGUUCUGUUUUCAGCCUCCAGGGAUCCAUUAGGAGCAACACUAAUAGGUCUAAAGGAGAGCCCAGCCGAUGAAGGCACCAAUGCCCCAUUACCUGUGCCCCAGUCAAAGACCACCCAGAGGCCGUCACUGGCCAGAGUAAUCCUGUCCCUGGACUCUAACAUGGCCAAACAACAGGCCCUGUCUCAUGUCCUUACUGCUCUACAGAUCAUGUAUGCCAGAGGAGCAGUUGUAGGGUCCCUGAUGAAGGAGAACCAGAUCACGUCCCUACACCUGGAGCCCAAGGUCCCCAUGGCUAUGGCUGCCACGGUCUCCACCAUCACCAAUGGGAGCAGCAUCACCGAUGACGCCACACCUGUUGCUAACAUCCUCGAGCCCGUGGACACUACAGACAUCUCCGUAUCCAUGCAUGAGUCCACUCAUUCCACAGAUCAAUUUUUCACCCACGGCGACUUGGCCUCAUCAUUUGCCAGCAUGCACAGUUUAGCAGCCAAGGUUUCGCCGGCAACCAGCAUCAUCGCAGAGACGUUCACCUCCCCUGAUGAGGUCACCAGCACCAUGGAGACGGAACCGCACAACCAGCCGCUGGGCCUGGACGAGUUCACGUCAAACAUCACCCCUGACGACGCGCGGGUCCUGGUUGACCUGCUCAAACUGGCCGUGGCCAUGCGGGCUGGGGAGAAAGGGAGAGAAGUCAUCUCUGAGGUGUUGAUCGCACUGGCAAGAGCUAAUUCACAGGUUGCUGAGCUGUUACUGGAGCUGUGUGUAACAGAACUGGAGGAUGUGGCAGCUGAUACGGAGUCUGGCAGAAACACAGCUCAGCCAGUCAUACAAGAGAGUCCUCACCCUUACACAGAUGACACUUCUCUGGCAGCUCAUGUCAAAAUACCAGGAGCUGAGGGACUGCGUGUUGAGUUUGAUCGUCAGUGUUCCACAGAGCGCAGACAUGACCCGCUCACCAUCAUGGACAGUGCUGGGAGGACUGUGUCUGUCAGAUCUGGUCGCGAAUGGUCGGACUGGUCUCAGGAGCUGCGCAUCUCUGGGGACGAACUCCGGUGGAAGUUCACAAGCGAUGGUUCCGUCAAUGGCUGGGGCUGGCGCUUCACAGUAUAUCCCAUCAUGCCUGCGGCUGCCCCCAUGGACAUGCUUUCUGACCGGCGUGUCCUGUCACGACCUUCCAUUGACCUUGUCACCUGUCUGCUAGAACUCAAACUGGACAUCACAUCUGACCGCAACAUCGUACCCCGUCUGGCAGCUGCUCUGGCCGCAUGUGCACAACUUAGCUCUCUAGGAGCUUGUCAGAGAAUGUGGGCAUUACAGAAGCUUAGGAAGCUGAUGGCUGCUAACUAUGGCCCAGCCAUCAAUGUGAACGCCCUGCUGGCCAGCCCCUCCGUGGAAAGUCCUGACUCUGAGAUACCUAAGCCCUACUCCAGUUCUAUGAGUGGCACAGCCCUUGCCUCGUUAGUGAAGGGACUACCUGAGGCUCUACAGAGACAGUACGAGUAUGAGGACCCCAUAGUCCGCAGCGGUAAACACCUGAUGCACAGUCCCUUCUUCAAGGUACUUGUGGCCCUGGCCUGUGACUUAGGCCUGGACAUGUUGCAGUGCUGCAGUGAAGCUCACAAGUGGGCAUGGUUCCGCCGCUACUGCAUGGCUGCCCGAGUGGCAGCUGCAAUUGUACGGCGCAGCCUGCUGCCCACAGGAUUCUGUGAAGAGGUAAUGAAGAAAGCACAGGACAUCUCGGCUGACGGUGAAGAGUUGUCACGUGACCACGAAAACCAGGACAUAUUCCACCGCGAGCAUGACGAGCAGCUGCUCAUGUGGCUCAAUAGGAAACCUGAUGAUUGGACAUUGUCCUGGGGUGGGAGUGGUCAGAUCUGGGGGUGGGGCCACAACCACCGUGGACAACUGGGUGGAGUGGAGGGGGCAAAAGUCAAACUUCCCAUCAGCUGUGAAGGGCUAGCAGGACUGAGGCCAGUACAGCUGAUUGGUGGAGAGCAGACCCUGUUUUCUGUGAUAGCUGAUGGAAAGGUGUAUGCCACAGGGUAUGGCGCUGGGGGCAGGCUGGGCAUAGGUGGCACAGAGUCUGUGGCCAUGCCCACUCUUCUGGAGUCCAUACAACAUGUGUUCAUUAAGAAGGUGGCAGUGAACUCUGGCGGUAAACACUGCCUGGCGCUGUCUGCAGAAGGGGAGGUGUUCUCCUGGGGCGAGGGAGAGGAUGGCAAACUUGGACAUGGGAACAGAAGUCCAUGUGACCGUCCCCGUGUGAUAGAGUCCUUGCGGGGUAAGGAGGUGAUAGACGUGGCUGCAGGUGGUGCCCACAGUGCCUGUAUCACAGCCAACUGGGAGCUCUACACUUGGGGGAAAGGUCGCUAUGGUCGCCUGGGUCACGGGGAUAGUGAGGACCAGCCCAAACCUAAACUGGUAGAAGCCCUGAAGGGUUACCGUGUGGUGGAUGUCGCCUGUGGGAGUGGGGACGCCCAGACACUGUGUAUUACAGCAGAUGACAAGGUCUGGUCCUGGGGAGAUGGGGACUAUGGGAAACUAGGUCGAGGAGGCAGUGACGGCUGUAAGGUGCCCAUGAAGGUGGACUCCCUGCAGGGUCUUGGAGUGGUGAAGGUUGAGUGUGGCUCACAGUUCUCGGUGGCCCUGACCCGCUCAGGCGCAGUCUACACCUGGGGAAAGGGAGACUACCAUCGCCUUGGUCACGGAACUGAUGACCAUGUACGGAGGCCAAGAAGAGUGUCAGCACUUCAGGGGAAGAAGAUCAUAGAUGUGGCCUGUGGCUCCCUUCACUGUGUGGCCUGUACAGAUACAGGUGAGGUGUUUACCUGGGGAGAUAAUGACGAGGGGCAGUUGGGAGACGGGACCACCAAUGCCAUACAGAAACCGCGACUCGUUGCUGCCCUCCAAGGUAAGAAAAUAAACCGUGUGGCCUGUGGCUCAGCCCACAGCCUGGCCUGGUCCACCAACAAGCCAGUGAGUGCAGGCAAGCUGCCAGGCUCGGUGCCCAUGGAGUACAAUCACCUGCAGAUGGUGCAGAUCACAGUGCUUAGGAACCGCCUGGUGCUGCUUCACCACUUCUCUGACCUCUUCUGCCCAUCCACAUGCAUGUUUGACCUCCAGGACUCGACCAGUGACACGGACCGUGGGGACGGCAGUAUGACCGGGCUUGAUGCCCUCAGAGGGGUACUUGUUUCAUCUGCCAAGGAGACGGCCUUCAGAAAGGUUGUCCAGGCAACCAUGAUCAGAGACAGACAACAUGGACCUGUGGUGGAACUGAACAGGAUACAGGUAAAGCGUUCUCGUGGUAGAGGUGGACUGGCGGGGCCUGACGGGAUCAAGACCGUGUUUGGUCAGAUGUCCACCAAGAUUGGGGUGUUUGGGGCGGAUGUUCUUAUGUUGCCUCACAGAGUGUGGAAGGUCAAGUUUGUAGGUGAGAGUGUGGAUGACUGUGGAGGUGGAUACAGUGAGUCCAUUGCGGAGAUGUGUGAUGAGUUACAGAAUGGCUCUCUCCCUUUGCUGAUCGUUACCCCGAAUGGCCGUGAUGAGUCGGGCGCUAACAGGGACUGCUUCCUACUUAACCCCAUGCUGAAGAGCCCACAACAACAGAGCAUGUUCAGAUUUCUGGGUAUGAUGUUUGGCAUUGCCAUCAGAACUGGAAGCCCUCUCAGCCUUAACAUGGCUGAGCCAGUAUGGAAGCAGCUGGCUGGGAUGGCCUUGUCUAUCUCAGAUCUCACAGAGGUCGACAAGGACUUUGUGCCAGGCUUGAUGUGUAUUAAGGAGAUGGAUGACCUGUCAUUGAGGUCAGCAGACAUGCCCUUCAGCGUACCUAGUUCAGCAGGACAGGAGGUGCAGCUCAGCUCUAAGUACUGUCGAAUCACCCCUGAGAACAAGGCAGAGUACAUCCGCCUGGCCAUGGAGUAUAGACUGCACGAGUUUGAUGAGCAGGUCCAGUGGGUGAGAGAAGGAAUGGCCAAAAUCAUCCCUGUGCCUCUUCUCUCUCUCUUCACUGGUUACGAGCUGGAAACAAUGGUUUGUGGCAGUCCGGACAUUCCUCUGAACCUGCUGAAAUCCGUGGCAACAUACAAGGGGAUCGAUGCCACAGCGUCUCUGAUUCAGUGGUUCUGGGAAGUGAUGGAGGAGUUUAGCACGACCGAGCGCUCACUCUUUCUGCGCUUUGUCUGGGGACGCACACGCUUACCCCGCACAAUUGCAGACUUUAGGGGCAGGGAUUUUGUCCUACAGGUGCUGGACAAGUACAACCCACCUGACCACUUUCUGCCGGAGAGCUACACCUGCUUCUUCCUGCUCAAAAUGCCGCGCUAUUCCUGUAAGGAGGUUCUCCGGGAGAAACUCAAAUAUGCCAUCCACUUCUGCAAGUCCAUCGACACGGACGACUACGCGCGAGUGGCGCUGACAGGUGACGGUCUUGACCCGGAAUCUCCGGAUGGCAGCGAGGAUUCUGAUUACCCAGACAUUUGCGAGUCAGAAGGGGAGGUUAUGGACUCGGACGGAAUAUGAAUUCUGUCACUAUUCAGCUGUUUUGAAAUUCAUCAGGCUUUAGUAGGAAGUAAUAUCAAAAUCUAGUCUUUACACAGAAGUAAAGCGGGCGGAAUUUUGUCAGUGAGCUGACUUCAAGCGACGUUUUCCAAGUCCUGUGACAGUUUUCUUUGUCCCAAUAUUUGUGCCAUUUUACAUGUCUGUGGCAUUAAUCAGCUUGCCAUGCAAUGCCAUUUCCCCUGCACAUGUAGCUUUCAGACUGUUGUGAUAUGUUGCUAGGGUUGCCUAGACAUCUGCUUGUAGUUUCAUAGCAGCAUACAGCUUAAUCUUUAUUUCUUUGUUUUUUUUUAAAUGGGCAUAAGCACUUUUAACCCAUAACUUACACUUAUCUGAAAUCGCACAUUCAGUAUUUGUUACUUUGUUGUUUGUUUGGAUUAAUAUCAAGAGUUGUUUGAUGAGAGAUAACAAGAUUUGUUGUGUUUGUACGUGCAAACAGCCGAGGAGCAGGUCUCUCAAAUGAUGUAAAUAUUAGUUCAGUUCAUCGUCUCCACUUUUUACAAGCUGUAAUAAAUUCUUUGAUCAUUGACUUAAACAUAUUGUAUUUUCCAGAGUAUGAAUUUUCCAAACGGAAUCAUUUUAUUUCUUGAGUUGGACUGAGGCGUCAGUGUGUUGGUUUUAAUGAACUCUGUAUCAAACACUGUAAAGUUUCACCAAUGUAUGUUUUAGCUGGCAUGUUUCAACCUAAUUUGGUGGUCACUUACAGCAAAAUUUUAUACAUCAAUCAUGCUUUUCAAAUAACUUACUACUUCAUGGUUUAUACAGCAGUAGGAAGAUGUGGUGAAGUUGAUGCUUUAAUUAGUUUACAGUAUUUGCCGACAUUGAUUUCAAUUUUCGAUAAUUUCAUAUCCAAUUGAUCUCAGUCCAUUAUAAUCUACGUCAUUUUGACCUGUCAGUGUGUAUGAAAAUGAACUUGAACUUUUCUCAGUGUGAGAUGUUGUUCAGACCUUUUCUUUAGUUAAAGCUGAAACCUCAAGCUAAUCCAGAUGAUGCGAUAUAUUUGACUGAUAAUCAAUAAGGAAAUAAAUUCUGAAGAAAUUCAUUUUUUAAAUUAUGUUUAUCAUUGUGGUGGCUUUUAAAUUGAAAUAUAAAAGGCAUCAAUUGAAAUAAAGAAGUAAGUCUAUGGGCAAGGUUAUCUGGCUUGAAAUAGCAGUAUUAUUUGCCAAAAAAAUUUACUUUGAAGUUUUAGUUUGACUAAUUUAUCAAACAUGAAGGGAGACUGUUUUCUCUCGCUAACUGCAUACAGUAUAUGUGUGUACAUAUAUGUAUAUGUUUUUUUUCUCUCUGUCAUCUGCUUCUGCUAGAGUUUUCUGUUGUAUUCUCAGAGGCAUUUUUCUUGGUGGUUUUUAUUUUAAGGUAAACUUGUAAAUAUUGUAAAUUUAUGCAUCAUCAUCACGCGUAAGCUUAGCAGAUAUUUCAGCCAUUUCACCUUGUAUGUGUUUGUCAAUUGCUGAAUGCUCUGGAGCUUUCAUCAUCAUCAUUGUUCACACACUCUUUAUUUAUCAGAUGAGCAUUAGAUGUGAAUAUCACUAUCUGGCUGCCUUGUCAAAGCCGGAUAGCUUAAAUAUUGGACACAGUAUUGUCACAAUUCUCACACAUUGAGUUGCAGAAUCUGUGCUAUAUUUGAUAUAGAUGUAUAUGAUGGUUACAUGUGUCAAUGCUAAGCCUUUGUGUGUUGCAUUGUUUAAGAUGUGUGAAAAUUAAAUAAACGGUGUGGUCAAACACCCAGUCAUUACA